AUGCCGUCAACCAAACAUCCAGGGGCUUCUGACCUCGAAAUACUCAACGAGCCCGACUGGACGCGAACACAUAGUCACCGUGUUGGGACUCGAGGUCGUGAUGCUCGGUUCAUGGGCGUAACCCACAGAGGGGAUGAGUAUCAUGAUGAGCUUGAGGAAGUAGAUGAAAAAAUCCAAGAGCUACGUGAGAAAGUAGCCAGGGGAGAACUGGUCACCGAUUUCCAUUUGGAACGGCCUGAGGUGCACCCUGACUACUGGCGAUAUGUUCUCCAUACCACAGAGAGCUUCAUUAAGUAUGGCCAACCAUGGCCUAUAAACCGGAAGACGGAGUCCGAGGAAAAGGGAAAGGUGACUGAGGCAGGCAAAAGAGAGCCAGAGAAAGAGAAGUCAAAACCCACAUCGGAAGAAGAGGCUCUCUUAGAGUUCUUACGGCAUGAACAACAGCACCGUUCGUCUAUGCAGGUUAAUGAUGGGAAGGGGAGCUGUCCAAUUCGUGAUGAGACUCCUGAGAAAAUCGAUGAAGCGGAUCAGUUUUCUCCAGACAAUUGGAUUCCUCGUAGUGACAAAUUGAUACGCCUGACAGGCAAGCAUCCGAUGAAUGCGGAACCCGACCUCACUACUCUUUUUGAGGCUGGAAUUAUUACUCCUUCCCCCAUUCAUUAUGUCCGCAACCACGGAGCCGUUCCACAUCUACUAUGGGAGAACCAUGAACUAGAGGUUACUACUGACAAACAUGUGAUUUAUUCGAUGGAUAACCUUAAGCUGUCCUUCGAAAGUGUUAAUAUACCCGUCUUCCUGGCCUGUGACGGGAGUCGCAGAAAAGAACUGAAUAUGAUCAAAAGAACUCGAGCGUUCAAUUUCACCGGUGCCUCUGCGAGUUGUUCGUACUGGAAGGGAGUUCUCCUUCGCGAUGUUCUAUUGGACGCAGGGGUUGAAAAUCUUAUGAAGAAGAAACCCAACGAAAGGCUAUGGGUAAACUAUGAGGGAGCAGACGAACUUAGUGAAGGCAAGUAUGCCACCUGUGUCCCACUUGAAUACGUCAUGGAUCCUAUCAAUGAUGUGAUGCUUGCGUACGAAAUGAAUGAUCAUCCCAUUCCACCGGAUCAUGGUUACCCUCUGCGAUUAAUACUCCCUGGUUGGGUGGGAGCACGAUCUAUCAAGUGGCUGGCCAAAGUAUGGAUAACUGAAAAUGAGAAUGAUAGCCAUUAUCAUAUCUACGACAAUAGGCAGCUUCCAAGUUUUAUAACGAACACGGAAUCUGAGAUAGCACAAUUGAUGUACCAUCAUCCUAGCACUAUAUGUAACGAGCAGAUGCUGAAUUCUAUCAUCGUGAAACCAGCUCAGGGUGAACAAAUUGACCUAGUUGACGUCAAAAAGGGAACGAUGUAUAGGGUCAUGGGGUUUGCCUACAGUGGAAGCGGAGACGAGAUUGAUAAGGUAGAGAUUAGUCUAAACGGUGGAGAGACUUGGCUGUACUGUUCUCGCAAAGUGAGCCCCGUUCCCUCUUCUUUUAUAGAUAUCAACAGCUAA